UGUGCCAGAGGGGGCAAAGACAGAAUUCUCAAAUUAAUGAAAUGCAUUAAUGAAAUACAGAAAAACUCCUUAAAGUGCUUGGUUACUAAGUAUUAUAACUAGCUGGACAGGGAGUGCUAGCCAGAGCGGAGCGGGAGCGCCAGCGGGGAGCGUAGGGAGCACAAAUGUGAGUGAGAGCAGGAGCAUGUGCACGAGCACGUGUAUGUGGGCAUGAGCACGUGGGCACAGCGUAGGCACGCUGACCAGACUGUUAGGAGCGCAUGCGUGAGGCGUUCAGGCGCAUGCGUGUUUGGAGCACCCAGAGGCACUUGCGCUCUCUGCCUCCGGCGCUCAGGCUUCUCUCAGGCUCUCGCCGGUUCUGUGGAGCUCGCGCCUUUUUCCAGAACUUGUACCUUUUUCCGGAGUUCGCGCCUUCCUCCUCCACAGCUUUCCAGUCACCUACUUGCUGCCUAAUAGCUGAGACCACCUCAAAGUGCCAGCCAUGUCUGAAGAACAAGUUAUCUACAUCACCACAGAAAACUCAGAAAUUACCACAAAUAUUGUGGGCCUGCACCAGAUCGGUGUGGAGACUGUUCCUGUGGAGACUGUGCAGGUGGAAACCAUCGAGGGGUACCAGAAUAUUGGCGGCAGUUGGGUCCACGGAGGCCAUCACUACCCCCCUCUGAUUGCGCUGCAGCCGCUCAUCACCGAUGACGCUAGCCAGGCCGCCCAUGACCAGGAAAUUUUCUUGGUGCAAACAGAAGAGGAGGUGGUGGGUUACUAUGAGUCAGACAACCUGCAGAGCAACAGCGACUUCGAGAACCAGGUGGUCAUCCAGGUCAGUGACCAAGAUGAGUACUACCAGCAGACCCUGGCUUCGUUGUUAGCCUCCACACCAGCGUCGGCCUGUAUACCAGCCAGCACUAGCAGCACUGAGGCCGACACCACCGCCGCAGUGGGUGGCAGCAGCUCCAACCAGGGUACCAAAAAGUGGGAGCAGAGGCAGAUGCACAUCAAAACCCUGGAAGGUCAGUUCUCCGUCACCAUGUGGGCCGAUACCACCAGAGAGCAUAAGGCAGUUGAAGAGCAGAGUGAUAACUCAUCUCCCGAUUAUUCUGAGUACAUGACAGGGAAGAAACUUCCUCCUGAGGGAAUACCUGGGGUUGACCUCUCAGAUCCCAAACAGCUGGCAGAAUUUACGAGAAGGAAGCCGAAAAAAACCAAAGAAGAUGUUCCCAGAACAGUGGCUUGCCCUCAUAAAGGCUGCGUGAAGAUGUUCAGGGAUAACUCUGCUAUGAGAAAACAUCUGCACAUCCACGGCCCCAGAGUCCAUGUCUGUGCAGAAUGCGGCAAGGCGUUUGUUGAGAGCUCGAAGCUAAAACGCCAUCAGCUGGUUCAUACCGGAGAGAAGCCCUUUCAGUGCACCUUUGAAGGAUGCGGAAAACGCUUUUCCCUGGAUUUCAAUUUGCGCACACAUGUGAGAAUCCACACCGGAGAUAGGCCCUUUGUGUGCCCCUUCGAUAACUGUUGUAAGACAUUUGCUCAGUCAACUAAUCUGAAAUCGCAUAUCUUAACCCAUGCUAAGAACAAAAACAGCCAGUGAAAAGAAGAAAGAAGAGCCUUUUCAAACUCUGAAAGUAUCUUCCAGGAGUGUGGCUGGGAAUUAUAUGCCUCUACUUUUUCUGUUGU